GCCCUUGUUUUUCCCGGAACUAGUGGGAAACAUGCCGUUGAUGCGGAUCUGCACCGAAGUGCUUCAGCCUUACACGCGAAUAUGGAGAUGGACGAAAUCGAGCGUGCCGGUGGGUGGUCCCGCCGUAUGUGUCCGAAAACAGCUUUGUCGUGCCGAGUCGUCUUCUUCCACCGGGAAGUCUGCACAGGAAAGGCAGCGGCAACUCAUGGCGCGAGGACUACCAAAGCAAAGGCCCAUGCCAGGGGUCAAGCAGAUCAUCGCAGUGGCUUCGGGCAAGGGAGGUGUUGGGAAGUCGACCACAGCAGUGAACCUGGCUCUUGGAUUGGCAGCAGUUUGUAAGAAUUCAACAGUGGGGCUGCUUGAUGCAGAUGUUUAUGGUCCUUCAAUCCCAAAACUGAUGAAUCUUCGUGGAAGCCCAGAAGUGACCACUGAAAACCAAAUGAGACCGUUGAUGAAUUAUGGAAUUGCUUGCAUGUCCAUGGGCUUUCUGAUUGAGGAAUCUGCACCUGUUGUGUGGAGGGGACUCAUGGUGAUGUCUGCAGUGGAGAAGUUACUGAGACAGGUUGCAUGGGGGAAUCUUGACUAUCUAAUUAUAGACAUGCCUCCUGGCACUGGAGAUGUGCAGUUGUCCAUCACCCAGAGCAUACCUGUUUCUGGGGCCGUGAUCGUGACCACUCCUCAAGAUCUCGCCCUCAUCGACGCACGCAGAGGAGCAGAAAUGUUCAAGAAGGUAAACGUGCCUGUCUUGGGGCUAGUGCAAAACAUGAAUGUCUUCAGGUGUCCCAAGUGCCACCAUGAAACUCACAUAUUCGGAGAGGAUGGCGCACAGCAGCUGGCUCUGGACUUGGAUGUGGAAAUUUUGGGGGACAUCCCACUGCACCUUAAUAUAAGGGAGAAGUCGGACAAAGGACAACCAGUGGUCGUGUCAGAUCCUGAAAGCCCUGAGGCCAUCGCCUACUUGAGAGUUGCUGCCAAAGUGAUCGAGCGACUUCCGGCGCCAACGGACUGAGCGCAGCAAGGACCAGCGGUGUGAGGGGUGCCACCUCUCCUGCCAUCUUGUGCGUUGGCACAUCUGUGUUCUCUCCUCAGACUCACCCGAUGCUGGUUUACGCUCUUCUUCUUUUUCUUGGAUUUGUCUCUUGCAACACUCGUCACCAGAAGUGAAGCCGCAGUAAAUACGGGGGGGAAUGCUUUUGAUGGGGUGACUGAGGGCACCCCCUGGACUGAAGAAAUUCACACGCCAAACUGUGGCGUUUAAACCACUAAGUCGGAGGAUGUAGUGGCGAGAUGCGUUAAACGCGUCGGGGUGUUUUUGGGUGGAGGCAGAGAGCGGUAUGGCGCUCUACAU